UUUGUUUAUAUUUGGUACAGUGCAGCAAAUGCGCUUGUAUGUUUUUGUGACGCCCCAAGAGCGCAUUGCGCACACACACACACAUACAGGGAGUGAUUGAGAGUAAAUGAGAGAGAGAGAGUGCAAUAUAAGCUGCGCAGCUGGCAAUCGGAAGGAGGAGGAAGGAUGUCGUACAGCGCAGAGCGUGCGCUCUCCCAUUUGUAUCCGUUCAUAAUUGUGGCAUCGCUGGUAUGCUGCAUCACCUCGGCGGUGGCCUGGACACAUUGGCGCUACGUGCUCAACGCCUGCCCGGACACCAAUUGUGGCUGUGUGCUGCAUGGUCGCAGUGCGUAUAACAGCUUCGAGGGCGGUAACAUCGCCUACUGCCACUAUGCCACCUACGGCCUGAUUCUGCCCCUCGUCUUUGCUAUCGUCCUUGGCAUCUAUCACGGCUAUCGCAUGUGCAUUGGCAAAGGCGAACGCAAAUCAGGCACCACAACCCUCAGGCAGCGCUCCGGCGACAUGAUUGUGGUAACUACGGAAUCGGAUCUGACACCCGAUGGCCUAUCGCCCUACUAUUGGCUACCUGCCACAGUCAUAUCAGUGAUUAUGGCCAUCUAUCAGCUGAUCUAUGCUGCCAUUUUCACCGAUGGCUUUGAGGUCACCUGCAAGCAGUAUCGCGAGUCCUUGCUUAAGGAGAUUCAAGGUGUUGGAAACAUUGUGCCAGUGAUCAAGCAACGUUUGUCCUGUGCGGCUGUCUUCGAUUUUAUGGACUAUCUGGUGGAGAGCAUUUCGUACGAACGUCGUCGCUAUGGACGCAUCAAUACUUCGAUCUGUUUGUACUUUACGCUGCUCCUCGCCUGGUUUGCCCUCGCCGCCUGGAUUAUCGUGUGUGUCAUCAAUAUUGUCAACAUGCGCCGUACUCGCGCCGCCCGUGUCUAGAUCGCUAGAGCGAUCCAGCGAUGACAACGAACUAAUGUAUUCCACUGCACAUUCGCCUAAUUAUUAAUAUUAAUUAUACAUUCGUAGACAGCACAUUCCACGCCACUUAUUUAUUAGGUCUUAAUUCGUAACGUCCACGGUAUUUUCGUCUACCGCCAUUUACACAUUGUACAAAAUAAAUGUAUGAACAAGUUUAAUUUAAA